AGUAUGUGGGUAAACAUCGCCAUGAUGAUGUACCUGUCCUGGAUGACGUGGCUGCGACUGGCUAUAUGGGGAGUGGUUGGAAUGGUGAUAUAUUUUGCGUACGGAAUACACCACAGCGCAGAAAACAGACACAUCCCUAAAUAUGAGAGGUUGGUUUCGAUAUCCAAGGAACUGGAGGCAGCAGCUGUGGACGACUCUCAUAGAAUAUCUCCGGAAAAACAGCAGCCAACCUCCGCACAUGCGCAUCUAUCAGACGUCUCUGAUAGUCAGGCUGAGGACGGAACUGAUGAUGUCACAGAUAGUUUAAACAAGGAAAACUCGGAGAAAAAGACUUCUUGAUAUGAUGAAUAUAUAGCUAAGGAUUGUAUUUGACAUUAGAUUUACGGCAGUGCUUUAUUUAAUUGGAGCAUAUUAUAUGCAGAAAAAUCUCAGGGUGUGUGUACAAAAUUGAAUAUACCGGUACCUCAACAAUAUAUAAUACCAGUGCAGCCUAUCAGACAUUGUCAGCUGGCACUGGUAAUUACAGUUUAAGCUGAGAUACUUACCGCACGUAGUCUAUACAUGUGAUAACUAUUCCUUUUGAGAAUAUCCAAAGAAAAGACUUCUUUAUCGACAUUUUUUCCUUAAACGCCGCAAACAAACCCCUAUUUAGUCCGCGAUUAAAUCAAUACACG